AGGCGCCCGCCCGAGAGCGCCAUGGAGUCGCGGGGGGAACCGCAGCCGCCGAACAGAAUGAGCCAGGGGGACUCGAACCCAGCAGCAGUCCCGCAUGCCGCUGAAGAUAUUCAGGGAGAUGACAGGUGGAUGUCGCAGCACAAUAGGUUUGUCUUGGACUGCAAAGACAAGGAGCCCGACGUGCUCUUCGUGGGUGACUCCAUGGUGCAGUUGCUACAGCAGUAUGAGAUAUGGCGAGAGCUCUUCUCACCGCUCCACGCGUUGAAUUUCGGGAUUGGUGGAGACACCACAGGACACGUUCUAUGGAGACUGAAGAACGGUGAACUGGAGAACAUUAAACCGAAGGUCAUUGUUGUUUGGGUUGGAACAAAUAAUCACGAAAACACAGCAGAAGAAGUAGCAGGCGGAAUCGAGGCUAUCGUGCGCCUGAUAAACACCCAGCAGCCACAGGCCAAAGUUAUCGUACUGGGCCUGCUACCUCGUGGAGAGAAGCCAAACCCGCUGCGGCAGAAGAAUGCCAAGGUGAACCAUCUGCUAAAAGCCUCGCUCCCCAAACUGCCCAACGUCCAGCUGCUGGACGUGGACGCCGGCUUCGUGCACUCAGACGGCACCAUCUCGUACCACGACAUGUUCGAUUUCCUGCACCUGACGGGAGGGGGCUACGCAAAGAUCUGCAAACCCCUCCACGAACUGAUCAUGCAGCUGCUGGAGGAGACCCCCGAGGAGAAACGAGCUGCCCUGGCCUGAGUAGCGGAUGUCGGCGUUAACAGCAUCAUCCAGCCCAUCGGAUCAGUUCUGUCACUGGCACUACAGAAUCCUUCUUUCUUAAAGCACUUUUCCAUUGUAGAAUGUUACCGGAUGUUCGUACCUAGUGUUUUGAGGGGGAAGGCUAAUGUUUAACUGGUCUUGUACAUAUGAGGGCCGGCUUGGUUGGUUUUAUUGCAGGAGGAAAUUAGCUGAAGAAGAGUUUUGCUUUUAAACCAUUCCUCAUUUAAACCGAGAACAGGACUGUCA